CUGACGUUCAUUGCUGGCAUUGCUUUGUUUAUUGACGCAGUUGGUGUUGUUCGAUAGAUUAAUUUGAAAGUUUUUCAAAGUUCUUUAAGAAAAAUAAGGAAUUAAUUUCUCAAAAAUGCCUUUAACUGCGGAGCAGGCAAUGCUCCAAGUGCAGGAGCGUCUGCGUUCCCUCAAAUCUUUGAUAGUGGAAAUCGAUGCUGAACGCAAAAGGAACGAACCCAACAUCGUCAACACGAUCCGAUUGGCCAAAAUGUCCAGCGACGAGAAAUCUGCGGCAGUAAACCACAAAUUGAAAGCUCUGUACAAAACCGGUAUCCAGGAUGCGAUUCAAGAGGAGAAUUUGAUCCGCCAAGCUCUGGCCAAGAUUCAGGAUAUCCGGAACAUACGGAACGAACGAAGAAUCCAGGCAAGGAAUGCCGGGAACAAGGAAACCAUUCGACGAGGAGCCCUGAUGAAGAUGUUGCAAAUAUCGGCCCAAACUCUGCCGCUGUUUGUGAGCAAGCCUGGAGAGAAGAUUCCUCCCUUGUGUGGUAGCAUUCCGGCCGACAAUAGUUACGUGGCUAAACCGGGGGACAUGGUGGCCGCUUUGGUGAAAGGUUUGGAAGACGAAGAGAAUUGGAUUCUGGCCGAGGUAGUCCAUUACAUUUCUUCGGCCAACAAGUACGAAGUGGACGACAUCGACGAAGAGCAGAAGGAUCGGCACAUCUUGAGCAAACGCCGGAUUGUUCCGUUGCCUUUGAUGAGAGCCAACCCGGAAACGGACGGUCAAGCACUGUUCCCGAAGGGAACAACCGUUAUGGCGCUGUAUCCCCAGACCACUUGUUUCUACAAGGCAGUCAUAAAUCAGCUUCCCCAGACGGCCAACGAAGAGUACGAAGUGCUGUUUGAGGAUCCGACCUAUGCCGAUGGUUAUUCUCCGCCUCUGUACGUGGCACAGCGGUACGUCAUUGCGAUCAAACAGAACAAGAAGGUCGGUGCCAGUUCCUGACAGUCUCAGCAGACAGCCACCACUACUUCUGCUGCAACGAAUUCUUCUGGAUCCACGGUUGGGUCAUCGACCAGUUCCGCACUGGCAGGGGCCUCCACCAAUAAUAAUGCCAUCUUAACGGGGGGAAGCUUCCCGUUAACAUCCGGUUGUUUUAUGCAAUCCAAGGAGGACAACUUGAUGGACGUGUUCAUGAUGGAUGAUCAGUUUCAAUAGCAACCAGAUAAUGCACAUAAUUUUAAAGCGGUAUUGAUAACAUUGCCAUGCACUUAUCUCUCAACUAUAUAUCCUUUACAAAUCGACUGCCGAUUAAAUACAACUAGAUCACCGUUUAUUACAUCAAAGCAUUGUAACCCCCAAGACACAAUUGUCUUCAUAACGCGUUAUACACUUAUCUCAAUCACCUCGAAUGAUGUGGUCGGAAUCAGGCGCUGCUACGAGGUGAUAGAAAUAAGGGAACAUAUAGCGUUAGGUACCUAAUGGUCAAAUAAACUACAUAAUCGUA